GGCGGCCAGAGGGUAAUUCCAUAUAAAGCCGUCUCCUUCCUUUUCUUCCUCGUUUACAGCAUCCCUUGAAUGCUCAGCUAGUCUCACGAGUUGAACCGACACCGAAGUUGUGCAGCUCUUCAAAAACCCGUCUUGUCAUUUACCAAGCGGUCUCCAUUACCUCAGGCAUGGCUAGCUACCAUAAACCCGACGAGAAGACUUUGCAGGGCCUGAAAGACAUCGCUAACAAGCUGCGGAUCAACUCUAUCAAGGCAACAUGCGCCUCCAACUCCGGUCACCCCACCACAUGUUGCAGUGCAGCAGAGCUCAUGUCCGUGCUGUUCUUCCACACCAUGCGUUACAAAGCCACUGACCCACGCAACCAGUGUAACGACCGCUUCGUGCUGUCUAAGGGUCAUGCUGCACCAAUCCUGUACGCUGCCUGGGCGGAGGCGGGCUUUGUGAAAGAGGCCGACCUGAUCAACCUGAGGAAGCUCGACUCUGACCUGGAGGGUCACCCCACACCUAAACUGGAGUUUGUUGACGUGGCAACGGGGUCUCUAGGACAGGGGCUGGGGGCUGCCUGCGGGAUGGCCUACACCGGGAAACACUUCGACAAGUCCAGUUACCGUGUGUACUGCAUGCUGGGUGAUGGGGAGUGUUCGGAGGGGGCUGUCUGGGAGGCCAUGGCGUUUGGUUCCCACUACAACCUGGAUAACCUGGUGGCUAUUAUCGACGUUAACCGCCUGGGACAGAGUGAAGCUGCUCCUCUCAAACACAACAUGGACGUGUACCGUAAACGCUGCGACGCCUUCGGGUGGAACACGUAUGUGGUGGAUGGUCAUGAUGUCGAGGAGCUGUGUAAAGCUCUGUGGCAGGCCCAGCAGGUGAAGGGGAAACCCACCAUGAUCCUGGCCAAGACCUUCAAGGGGAGAGGACUCAAAGGCAUUGAGGAUAUGGAGAACUGGCAUGGUAAGCCCAUGCCUAAGGACCGUGCAGAGGAGGCAAUUAAAGACUUGGAGGCUCAGAUUCAGAACCCCAACAAGACCAUCUGCCCCGAGCUACCUAAAGAAGAUACCGCCCCUGCUGACCUCUCACCUAUCACCCUGCCCUCCCCGCCAAACUACAAGAUUGGGGAUAAGGUGGCUACUCGUAAGGCGUAUGGCGUGGCCCUGGCUAAACUGGGUCAGUCCAGUCAGAGGGUGGUCGCUCUGGAUGCUGACAUGAAGAACUCGACCUUCUCUGAGAUGUUCCACAAGGCCUUCCCUGAACGCUUCGUCGAGUGCUUCAUCGCUGAACAGAACAUGGUGAGUGUGGCAAUUGGCUGUGCCACGAGAGACCGCACAGUGGCGUUUGCCAGCACCUUCGCUGCCUUCCUGUCCAGGGCCUACGACCACAUCAGAAUGGCCGCCGUCUCCGAGUCUAACAUCAACUUGGCUGGGUCUCACUGCGGCGUCUCCAUCGGUGAGGAUGGCCCCUCCCAGAUGGCGUUGGAGGACAUUGCUAUGUUCCGCGCUAUCCCAACAUGCACUGUGUUCUACCCCAGCGAUGGCGUGUCUGCUGAGAGGUCUGUGGAAUUGGCUGCGAACACCAAGGGAAUCUGUUUUAUCCGCAUCACCAGACCAGAACUGAAAGUGAUCUACGACCCCGACGAGAAGUUUGAGGUGGGCGUGGCCAAGGUGGUGCGUCAGUCCGACAGCGACAAGGUGACUGUGAUUGGAGCUGGAGUCACUCUGCAUGAAGCCCUGACUGCUGCUGAUGAGCUGGCCAGCGAGGGAGUGAACAUCCGUGUGAUCGACCCGUUCACCAUCAAGCCCCUGGAUGCCGCCACCAUCUUGUCGAGCGCCCACGCCACCGGCGGGAGAAUCAUCACCGUCGAGGACCACUACAGAGAGGGGGGUCUGGGGGAGGCGGUGCUGUCUGCAGUCGGGGAGGAGCCUGGUAUCGUUGUGACGCGACUAGCGGUGAACCGUAUACCCCGGAGUGGAAAACCUCAGGAGUUACUCGACCUGUACGGCAUCAGCGCCAAACACAUCGUCAACACCGUGCGCCAAACCUUCGCCAACUGAGACGGUCGUCUCAGCGCUUGUCUCCCAAAUGGCACCCUAUUCCCUAUGUAGUGCACUACUUUUGACCAGGUUUCCUAUUGGGCUAGUGCACUAGGUUGAGUAUAGGGUGCCAUUUUGGGACAUCUCUUUCCCUCAAGUCUGUACACAUUUACCAACUUCAUGUUCUCCAUCCCUCUCUCCGCAGUCUGAGGGGAAAGAGGGCUUAAAAAACCUACUUCCCUCCCAUCUACCACGAGUGUUAAACAGAACAGGGCUCUCUAGCGCCCCUUGUGGCUGCAAGUCAGAGUAUACAGCAAGACAAUAGCUGCAGUGUCGCAGCAGCAGAGCCAAUAGGCUAGCUCUCAGCAGACAGGGAGGGUUCUGAGUGAUGUCUUGACCAUCCCUGAAGGGUAAUAUGCAGUAAUGUUUCUAGAUAAUUCUUUACACACCUUAAUGCAGCCUCGUUCUAAUGAACCCUCUUUAUUUUUCGGCUAAACUGUAAUUGAGCAAUAAGGCCUGAGGGGGGGGGGGGUGGUAUACGGCCAAUAUAUCACGGCAUCAGGGCUGUUCUUAGGCACGACGUAUCGCGGAGCAUACAGCCUGGGUACAGCCCUUAGCCGUGGUAUAUUGGUCAUAUAUCACAACCCCAGAGGUGCCUUACUGCUGUUGUAACAAUACAGUUCACUAUCCAGGGAACCGGGUGCCUUCUGGGACUAUCCUGGGUAUAGAACGAGGUUUGUUUUGAGCUUGUCGUGUUCUCUGCACGUCCAGACGAUGCUGAACUAUCAGUCGGUGUGUUUCAAAUGAAGCUAAAUGUAUAUUUCUUUUCAGAUCUUUCUGUUUCUCGGGUUGGUCUCUUUUCAUUCCAGCUGCUAACAAUGUCAUCUUUUAUCUCGUUCCACAUUCCGUGUGUUAUCAUGGUUCCACAUUCCGUGUGUUGUCAUGGUUCCACAUUCCGUGUGUUGUCAUGGUUCCACAUUCCGUGUGUUGUCAUGGUUCCACCUGCUUGAUAAUGAACCUCUCCAUAGCACUGUUAGACACCAGCUCCAGGAGGAACCGGAAGGUUCCUGACUAACGUCUGCUUGUUGCUGGUCAUAGCCUUAAUUAGCAGUGAAACUGAUGCAGGGAAUCUACAUUCAAUGGACCUGAGUUGUAUGUGAGAACUUAAAUAACUUGUGAACUUUAAACUGCUAUAUGACCACAUGUGUUCUUCUAGGCUGGUUGUGGUGAUCUGGCUCGUGUUGAUUUCUGGGUAUUAUCUGACCCUAGUAUCUCCAGUCAUGUCUGUUGCCAGUCAACGGUUGGUUUGCAUUGCCAUGGUAACGCUGAAAUAAUAAACUACAACUUGACCCAA